CCUAAACAAGAUGGCGGCUCGGGGGAGCGUCGCGUGGCGCGUCGGGGGCUUUGCGGUGAAGCCGGGAGGACGGCUUUUCUCUCACAGCCAAAGCGCGGCUGCCCCUCUCACCGCGGAACAGCUGGCGGAGAAAAUACGUGCACAGAAGCGGGAGCAGGAAAAAAAGCCAGCUCGGGAAGUUCCAAAAGAUCCACUUCUGAGACGCGUGCAUGAACUUGUUCAGCUCAGCCAACAGCUACAGCGGGUUCAUCCUAAUGUGUUGGCCAAAGCACUCAAAAAUGGGAUCCUGUACCAGAAUAAAGAGAUUGUGGUAAUUAAUAAGCCAUAUGGCCUUCCUGUACAUGGUGGUCCUGGGGUUAAAAGCUGUAUCACAGAUGUGCUGCCAAUCCUGGCAAAGAUGUUGGAUGGCAUGAAAGCCGAACCCCUGCAUCUUUGCCACCGGCUGGACAAAGAAACAACGGGUGUGAUGGUGCUGGCACGGGACCAGGAAACUGCACAUAGAAUCCAGGAGCUAUUCAGAACCCGACAAGUGGAAAAGAAAUACUGGGCGAUCUGCGUUGGAGCCCCAGAGCAAACAGACGGGGUGGUGGAGAUUCCCAUUAUUGAGAAAGAGGUGGAGAGCCACCAGCCACACUUCAAAAUGACACUUGCUCCAAACUAUCGCAUUUCCCACGAGCAUGGGAAAACAUUCAAAGUACGGCAGCAUAGAGAUGCCCACGUGGCAGUGACCCGCUACCGAGUUCUGAGUAGCGCUUCUUCUUGUUCCCUCCUUAAACUCCAGCCAGUCACAGGAGUGAAACACCAGCUCAGAGUCCACUUAGCAUAUGGCUUGGGCUGUCCAGUCCUUGGAGACCACAAGUACUCACACUGGAGCAAGUUGGCACCACAGAAGCUUCCCGGUAAGGCACUGAAGAGACUGGGUCUGGAACAGGUCAAAGUCCGUUACCUCCCCCUUCACCUGCAUGCCUGUGAACUGACCCUGCCUGAGGGAGAGGAGGAGAAGAAAAUCCAUUUAGUCUGCAGACCCCCCCGAUUCUUCUCUCGCUCCUUAAAACGCUUGAACCUGGAGUUUCCGGAGGCGGAGGAUAAGUGAGCAAAGCCUUUACUGGGAAAAUGGCUUUGCUGGACAUUCUCGUAAUACUGGUAAAACAAGCUGCAAAGCGGUUGAGACCCCUGCAGUGGCCAGAUGUGGAGCAGGAGAGAGUCUCCUCUUUCAAAGCGGGCAGCCAGCUGGAGAAUCUUGGUACCCAGCUUGAGGAGACCAGAGGUGUGGAGUUUGGACGGUCAACAAGGCUAACUUAUUUGAAGAUUCAUGUGCUUCUGGUAUCAAAACGACUGUCAGAUGCAUUACGCGUGCAAGUCAGGAGGCAUAUGAAUCCCAAUCCAAUUCAAACUGAUUAUUCUUUGGAAUAAAUAACCUGGCAUGUGCUGAGUGGGUGUAAUCUAAUCGAGGUAGAGAGAGAGAGUCUGGAAUCCCAUAUCGUUUCUGAAAGGAUUCCCAAGCUUACUUCCAUCCUUUCCCCCAAGCCUUAAGUUAACUGUCUU